AUGUCGUUUGUGAACCACCUAGGGCGGUCUUCGUUGGCGACACGUUACGUGCCGCACUCUGACUUGACGAAGUCGUACUAUGAGCGUCUCCUGCUGGACGUGCGCCGCUACCUCCCACCAGGUGUGGAGGAUGACGUGGAGGAGAUCGCCGAGCAGGUGCUGAACAUUGUGUGCUCGACUGCGUCAGGCGCAUCCUCCUCGGCGGCGACCCUGAGCGAGCAGCAUCAAAGUCUUGAGCGGCUGCUGGACACUCGCCUAAGCCGCGAGGUUCGCGACCACCUCAUGCAGUAUGGGAAACUGAUCACCGACUACGUGGCGAGCGACAAGGCAGCGGAGGCAAACGGUACGUAUGGUUUGCCAGCUACAUCCUCCGGUGCGCUGGGUGUGCAGGACUUGAACUUCGCGGGCCCCAGUAGCAGCGACAGUGACAGCGACGACAGCGGCGAUGCCGUGCGUAGCGACGCAGAAGAGCGACGCAAUGUCGAGCUGCUGACGGGCGGCGCACCCUCCUCGGCGGCGGAGAGAAAAGAGCGGCGCAAGAAGCGCAAGGCACUUAUGAAGGCUGAUCAGAACCUAAUGCAAUACGCCUUCGCCGAAGAAGGUGGGAUAGCUGACACGGUCGAGGAAGCAGAAGGGUGGCGGGCUUCCGCGCCAGUUGGUGCCGGCGGGGCUGCCGCGGGGGAGCUGAGCGGUGAUGAGUAUGACGAGGAUGGCGCGCUGGCGACGGGGGCCGCGGACACGCCACGGAUCCCAUUUGAGGAGGUUGCGUGCAACGCGCAGUUUCUCAAAGACGCUGUGCGACGUCUUUUCCCGGCUCACGACGCUGAUACCUGCCACAGCCUAGCACAGCGGGUGCUGAACUUCCUGAGCGAGAGGGAGGAGGACGACUUCACACUGGAGACGCAGCUCACCACGUGCCUGGGCGGCUAUGAGGAUGAGGCGGUUAUGGACUGGAUUGGUGACGUAGUGCAGUCGCGCUGGAGCGUCGUGUACGGCCUGCGCUACGCCCAAUGCACGGCACAAAAGGAGCGCCAUGCAGUCAUGGAUGCAAUGCAGCGACACGCCCUCGAUGACCCGCGGGUCGAGCACCUGUACCAGAGUAUCACCGGCAAGGAGGUGGACCCAUUGAACACAGAACAACUGCAGCAGCGCCGCGAGUCUGCUGCCGCGGGUGGCAACGAUGAUGUUGAAUCUAAGUUGGCGUCGACAGCACCUCGGCAGCCUCUGCUGCGACGCGUGAACCUUCAGGCCUGCGCCUUUCAGGAUGAGCGAGCACCGCACCUGCACGUGCGCGCCACGGUACCGCAAGGCACGCAGCGGCUGACCUACGAGACUCACGACGAGAUCCUCCUUCCGCCGACCUCGUCGUAUAACACGUCGAACCCGCUCAUUCGAGUUGCCACGUCUUUCCCAGGCUGGGUGGUGCCGGUAUUCGCGGGUGUGGAGGAGCUCAACGCUAUGCAGUCCAAAGUGUACGACUGCGCCUUCCACUCGGACGAGAACAUGCUGGUGAGCGCGCCGACCGGGGCCGGUAAAACGAAUGUGGCGGUGAUGGCGAUGCUGCGCACCAUCGCGGCGGCUCGCAACCCCGUGACGGGCGUGAUUGAUGGCCACAGUCUGAAGAUGGUGUACGUUGCGCCCAUGAAAGCGCUCGUGCAGGAGGUGGUGCGCACCUUCUCGAAGCGACUGGAGUCGCUUGGCCUCACUGUGGCUGAGCUGUCCGGUGACGCGGCCAUGACGCAGCAGCAGAUGGCCACGACGCAACUGAUUGUGACGACGCCGGAGAAGUGGGACAUCGUCACGCGAAAGUCCGUUGAGCUCGGAGUGGCGUCGCUGCUGAAGCUGCUCAUCAUCGAUGAGGUGCACCUCCUCCACAACGAACGCGGCCCGGUGGUGGAGGCGAUUGUGGCGCGCACGAUGCUGCAGCAGCAGCUUCGCGGUGAGGGCGGUAUUCGACUGGUCGGGCUCAGCGCCACCCUUCCGAACCACAUGGACGUCGCGGCGUUCCUGCAGGUGAACCGUCAGCGCGGCCUCUUCGUGUUCGACAGCAGCUACCGCCCCAUCCCGCUGGAGCAGACCUACUGCGCCAUUAGGAAGAUGAAGGGUGUGGCGCAAAGUGCCGUCAUGAACCUCGUGACUUACGACAAGGUGCUGCAGACGGUGCAGGCCGAGGAGCAGGUAAUGAUCUUUGUGCACUCGAGGCGGGAGACCGAGCACACGGCGCGCUAUCUGCAGAAGCGCGCUGCCGAGGAGCGCCGCGGGUACUACUUUGUGCGCCCUGACGGCGACAGCCACAAGGCGCUGGUGGAGGCCAGUAGCGGGGCUGGUGGUGCCGUGCUGCGCCGCAGCCUGCAGCAGCUUUUGCCGGACGGCUUCGGCAUCCACCACGCCGGCCUCAGCCGAGACGAGCGCAACACGGUGGAGCAGCUCUUUGCAGACCGCCACAUCAAAGUUCUCGUGUGCACGUCGACGCUUGCCUGGGGCGUGAACUUGCCCGCGAACCGCGUUAUCAUAAAGGGCACUCGCGUCUUCAACGGCUCCAAGGGACAGUCGGAGCUGCUGAGCGCGCUGGACGUGCUGCAGAUGUUCGGGCGAGCCGGCCGUGCGGGCUAUGGCGCGGCUCUGGGCAGGGCCACCAUCAUCACUUCCCCGGAUGACCUUCAUUACUACCUCAGCGUGCUGAACCAGCAACUGCCCAUUGAGUCGCAGAUGAUGCGGCGGGUGGUCGACAUGCUCAACGCCGAGAUCACCCUGGGCCAUGUGGAGACGGUCGAGGAGGGCGUGCAGUGGCUCCAGCGGUCCUACCUGUACGUACGGAUGCGGCAGAUGCCGGAGGUGUACGGCAUCCGCGCCAGCGCCAGUGAUCCGCUGCUGCUGCACCACCUCGCCAACAUCGUUCACACAGCGUGUGAGGAGCUGAAGGAGUCAAAGAUGGCGGACUACGACGCCCGCUCCAGGAAGGUGGCCGGCACCGCGUAUGGCCGCAUCGCCUCCUACUGCUACAUCACAGUGACAUCCAUGGCCGCCUACCUGGGACUGAUGAGCAACGCCAUGCAGGACGUGGAGCUGUUCCGAGUCUUCGCCUCCUCUAGCGAAUUCGCGAACAUCGGCGUACGGGCGGAGGAGCAGGCGCAGCUCAAGGAGCUCCUGGAGAGCGCUCCGGUGGCGGUGAGGGAGUCGCGCUACACGCCGAUGGCGAAGAUCAACAUCCUACUCCAGUGCUACAUUAGUCAGAAGGGUCUGGAAGGUUUGCCGUUGAUGAGCGAGAUGGUGUACGUGAAAGACUCCGCGCAGCGUAUUCUGCGAGCGCUGUACGAAAUUUGCCUCGUUCGCGAGUACGGUCGCACGGCGCGGCAGUUUCUCGAGCUGUACUUGAUGACGGUACACCGACAGUGGGCGGUGCAGUCGCCGCUGCGGCAGGUGCGCGAUUACUUACCGGCAAAGCACUUCGAUGCAAUCCUGCCGGCGCUGGAACGCGUGCGCGUGCCGUGGGAGGAGGUGCGGGGGUGGAGCGUCGAGGACCUGGCCGAGAAGCUCAGCGACGACCGGCGUGCGCAGUCUGCGUACGAAGCGAUCCAUGUUGUGCCGCACUACGCCGUCGACGCCGCCGUUCGGCCGCUGACGCGCGGGAUGCUCUACGUGGACAUCGACAUCUUGCCGGACUUCGACUACGUCGAGUCCCUGCACGGCUGCUCAGUGUGCGAGGUGCUGCUCAUGAUCGAGCACACGAACGGCCGCCUGCUGCACCACGAGUCCGUCCUGAUCCCCUUGGCAAAUGUGCUGGAGAAAGCCGCCUACGCCUGCCCGCCGGUGGUGGUGCCGAUGGUGGAGCCGGCGCCGACACACCUGUUUGUGCGCGUGGUCUCCCCGCACUGGCUGGCCGCAACAGCCUUCACCUCAGUGUGCCUGCUGAACACGCUGCUGCCGCCAGUGGCGGCGCCGCUGCGCGAGGUAGAUCAGCGGCCGCCGUCGCAGGAUGCGAACAUCACGUCUGUGGCGGAGCGCCUCGCUCCGUUCCAGCUCCACACCGUCGGCGAGAUGCUGUUCCCCUUCCAGGACUUCACGGCGCUGCAGUCGGACCUAAUCGACCCCAUCUUUCUGGAUCACCCACACAACCUCCUCGUCGGUGUUCCGCCGGGUGGUGGCAAGACGGCCAUCGCGGAGCUCUUCGUACUGCAGUUUUUGCUGGAGGAGGCGCUGAAGGAGAAGGAGCGGACAGCGGAGACGCAGCAGCAGCAGCAGCGGGACGAAGAAGAGGGGUCGGCCACACGAUCGACGCUGCUGCUUCCCGGCAAGCUUCUCUAUCUCACCAGCAACCUUGACGUCGUGCACCGCCGCGCGCUGGACUGGCGCUACAAGUUUGGCGAGGUGUUGAAGCAGCGUGUCGUAGAGCUUGGCGGCGGCGCGGGCGACGACACGGACGCCGACGGCGCUGGGGUGGUGAGCAACGCCGACGAGGUGGCAUCGGCCGCCAUCGUGCUCGCCACCGGCGAGAACCUUAUUCGCCUUGUGCGUCGUGGGGACUCAGCGUUGGCCGGCGUGACGCACAUCGUCGUUGACCACCUGCACCUUUUGAGGGCCCCCGAGGGGCAGGCGAUGGAGGAGUGCAUGGCUCGCCUUAACAGUGAGCCGUUCCUUGUGCGGCGCGGUGCAGGGCGCGCGCGCGUGCUGGGACUGACAUACCCACUGAUCAGCACGGCGGAGCUUGGCCGCUGGUUGAAGGUGUCAGUGAGCCACCAGUACAAUUACGGCGCCUCCUACCGGCAGCUGCGUGUGCGCAUGGUUGGCAUGGAGUUGCCUGGCCCCCGAAGCCGCUACGAAAGCGGCGUCAUCGCAGCACUGAAGUUGCUGCGCCAGCCCUCGUACGCCGCAGCUCCCACGGUGAUCUUCGUUCCAACAGCACGCCAGGCGCGAGAGGUGGCGCAGCGCAUACUGCUGCGGUGCCGCGACAACUACAUUCCUGAAACCACCGAGCACGCCACUGACGACGCGCGACUCGCCGUCUUCCUGGCGGCUGGUGUCGCCUACAUGCACAAGGGGACAAGCGAACUCGAUGCUCUCGCGAUACAGGAGCUCGUUGACGCACCCGCCGUCUACCCCACUACGCAGGCGUUAUUACCUUUGCGCCUCGUCUGCGCCUUCGACGCGGCCUGGCGAUUGCCGGCGGCUCUCUUCACGAACGCCAUCGUGUGCUGCGGGGAGCGUCUGACCGCCUUCGAGAGCGAGGACGGCGAGCGUGGCAUGCGCUAUCAGGACUGCAGCGCGGUAGAGCUGAUGCAGAUGGCGUCACGCGCCAUGAACGAGGCGGUGAUGUGCACUCGCACGUCGCGGGUGUGGGUGUUGGGUAAGCUGCUCAACGAGCCGCUACCGCUGGAGUCGAGCCUGCGGUACGCGGACGACUUCCGCGACACGGUGAACACGGCAAUCGCACAGGGGCGGGCGCACAACCGCGUGGACGUGCUGCGUGUGCUGUCCUCGCACUACUUCCUCUACCACGUCAAGGCGAACCUGCACUUCUACGGUGUGCCCACAGUGGGUGAUGUGUCUCUCUACGCCUCCAGCUUCGCUUCACACGUGGUGACCUCGCUGAAGGAGCUGAGGUGCAUCGAGGAGCUGCGAGUGCGGCGGCGCCACGCGGAUGGCGACGGCGAUGCGGAUGAGGAUGGCGGUAACAACAACGUAGAGCUCGGGAAGGCCGAGGAGGACGAGGACCCGCACGCCCCUUUGCGACCCACGGCGCGCGGCAUGGCCCUCGCCCACCACUGCAUUGGGGUCAGCACCGCAGAGGACCUCGUCCGUGUCCUGCCGGGCUCCCUCGAGGGAGAGAAGAAGGCCGCCCUCUAUGACUGCACGACGUACCUUUGGCAGAUCCUGUCACACCACUGCACCGAACUCACGCCGGCGCACCUCGGCGACGCCGCGCGGGUGACGGAGGCGGCGGUGUACCGGGCGCUGCACUCCAUUGCGCGUGCUUUGCCAGAGUCCAUCGGUGUGCGCUAUAUCGACCUGGACUUCGGCGCCACAGGGACAAAGAUCUAUGUGCUCGUGCUGGCGUACUGCAGUCGACUCUUCCCUGCCACCCAUUUCCACGCUGCCGGCUCCGCUUCGUCGAUGGAGGAGGACACGGCAGCGGCGGCCGCCUUCGACAAGCACUUUGGCCACAGCCUCUACCAUGCCGCCGUUCCGGCCGCGGCGCGCGACGCGCUCUGCAACGCCGUGCCGGACGACAUCGCUCAGCGCCUCGUGCAAGACGUGCGCUCCAUUCUCCCAACAGUGCACCGCGUCGUAACUGCGGUUGUGGAGCUGCUGGACGGCGACACGCAGGCAUGGGCGGUUGCUCGCCUGAUUCGAUUCGUUGCGUGCCUGCAACAGCAGGAGUGGGACAGCGAGCCGCCGGUGGCGCAGCUGCCCUGCUGGCGCGCGUCGAGAUGGGCGUCCGUUGAUGCCCGACAGGUCAUUCAACGCACUUGCACGCUGCAGGAGCUGCAGACGAACCCGGCGGAGGCUGUGUCAAAGCUGGAGCCCGCUCUGCGAGGUGUCUUGACCACUGAUGAUGCUGCGGUCGUGGUGCCGCGCGUGCUUGCCUCUGCAGUGCGGGACGCUGCGGGAGUGCCGCAGGUGGUGUCGAUCAGUGCCAAGGGGCGCGUUGAGGAGAUGAAUGGCGUGUUGGUCAUGGUAGUAAGUGUCACGGCGCAGCUCCACUGGAGCGCGCCGACGACGCUGAAGUUGCCCAAGGGCAGCGAAGGCGUCGAUCGCACAUCACAGGCCGACCGCACCGAAGAUGCUGCACCGGCGUUGAAGUGGUGGGUGCGGUGCGUCAUGUCGCAUCGGUCGUCUGCCACUUCACGAGCUGGGGCGUCAGCGGGCACUCGGCAGCUGGCCCUGCGAGUUAGCGUGGCGAAGAGUGUCACGGGCGCAGGGGCGACGCCGCUCUAUGAGGUCUCAUCCGACGUCUUUUUCUCCUUGGCGCGGCUGGAGGCGGAGGACUUGGACGCUGUGGAGAUGCGCGCGAUCUUGACGAGCAUGGCUUACAGCGGCGUUGAGGCCACGGCUGCAGUGCGGUUCGAGGCGGACGAGGAAGAGGUCGAGGACGGCGAAGGCAUAUGA